AACCUUAUUUUUAUAUUAUUUACAAAACAUUUGUACGUGCUAGAAUGUUAUCCCGUAGAAGGCACAUGGGUGCGAAUUUGCACCUCCUGAAAAUUUCAAGUUGAGUAUUUAGAGACAAGUGAGAACACAGGUCUUUCCCCACUACGUUAAAUAUGUGUGAGAACUCCAAUGUCUGAUACCAUGAUAUACAGUGUCAAUUGCGCUUUACUCUCCGAGAGGCAAACGUCGAAAGUUGAUGUUGGUGCGUAUUCGCACCUGUGCCUGUAGACGCUGUAAACUUGGUGCUCAAUAAAAAUUACAGGAAAGUGUUUUUUGAUACGUAGCAGCUUCAUUUUGCGAAAUUUUUAUGGAAUGGCUGAAGAGCGUCGGUACAAUUUAUGUACAACUUCAUCAGUGUGUCAAGUCAUCUUAGAGGACUCGUUUGAUGAUGAUGAUAGACGCAACUCCGAUGAUGAAGAUAUCAAUUUCGUUGUUUCGGGUGACGAGAGGUCUGAUGAAGAGGAAGGCAACGACGGUAAAGAGAGUGGCGAAGAGGAAGGCGAAGAAGAAGGUGAAGAGGAUGAUUCUUUGGAGACAGAGGCUGAACACGCAUCGAAAAGGCAAAGACUGAUAACCGCUGCUGCGCGGUAGCGUUCAAGAGGCCGUCCUCGGAAAACAAUGAAAGCGAGUCAAUCCGUCAUGAAAUGGUGUACUAAUCCGCCUGAUAGACGUGGCCGACGUUCAAGCGGGAAUACAAAAUUUACCGCUUCUCCGAAAGGCGAAGCCUUAAUGCUAAGAGCCCAUUACAGGCCUUCCAGGUAUUGUUUACAAAUAAUGUUGUGGACAAAAUCGUGACUCAUACAAAUGAAGAAAUUGUCCGGGAAGUCGCACGUUUACGAGCCGCGAAUUUGAUUAUUCAAUCUUAUCAUAUACCGACAGAUGAAAUUGAAAUUAAUGCAUUCAUAGGCGUCUCUUAUUUUAGCGCAAUUUACAAAGAAUAUAAGUUAAAUACGUCAGAUAUGUGGUCGGAAGAAUUCGGACGCGGUAUUUAUAGAGCGACAUUUUCUGAAAAUAGAUUCAAAUUUUUAAUUCAUAUGCUCCAUUUUGAUGAUAAAAACACACAAUUACAGCGGAGGGCGACUGACAAAUUAGCUCCGAUUCGAGAGCUCUGAGAAAUGUUCAUGCGAAAUUGUAUUGAUAACUAUGAGCCUUCACAUAAUUGUACAAUCGAUGAACAAUUAGUUUCUUUUAGAGGCAGAUGCUCAUUUCGCAUAUAUAUGAAAAACAAACCCGAUAAAUAUGGAUUAAAAAUUCUUAUGUUGAAUGAUUCAGAACAUUUUUAUAUGGUGUCGGCGAUUCCGUAUGUGGGCAAAGUAACACCACAAAAUAAUGAUUCUGUACCAACAUACUUUGUUCGUAAAUUAGUUGAAAUGGCUUCUAUUACUGAAACUUGGCGCACUCUUACUAUGGACAAUUGGUUUACGUCAGUGCCUCUUUUCGAAAAAUUAAAAAAGGAACGUCAAUUAAGGGCUGUUGGGACAAUCAGAAAAAAUAAAAAAGAGAUUCCAUCUACAUUAAAAAUAGCAACUGCAGUAGACUCAUCUCGUUUUGUGUUUACACCUGAUCUGACGUUAGUUUCUUAUGUUCCUAAAAAAAAACAAGAAGUCUUUCUAUUAUCUUCUGUAUACCAUAAUACGAAUAUAAAUGCAACAACGAAUAAACCGCAAAUAAUUAUGGAUUAUAAUGCUUGUAAAGGCGCUACCGAUACGUUUGACGAGAAAUGUCACAUAUACUCUGUUGCACGACGCACGAAAAGAUGGCCGCUAAAAUUUUUUUAUAACAUGCUUAACCAAGCCAGCAUCAAUUCGUGCGUUUUAUAUAAUUUACAGGCCGAUAACCCAAUACUUUCUCGUUCGAAGUUCAUAAAAAAUCUGGCUAUGAGUCUUGUUGAGCCUCACUUACGACGCCGCUUAGAGAUGCAACGUUUGCGACAUCAUAUUAGAAAAAUAAUUAGCAAAUUGUUACGCGUUGAUGUACCAGCCGUACAAUAAUUCAAGAUAAUAGAAGAGACACGAGUGCGGUGCACUUUGCGAGCAUGAUAGGGUAGGGCGCACUCGCAUGAGAUGUCCAAAAUGUGCGAAGCGCAUUUGCGAUGACCACAGGUCAGGUUUAUGUACACUAUGCGUAAAUGCAUUCCAAUGAAAUACUAAUAUGUUUUGUAUACUUUUUCUGUGUUAAUAAUAUGAAUAAAAUUA